AUGCUUCCAAAUCCCGUGUGGCUAUCCGCUUCAAUCUUGACGAGGGUACUAGGCCACUCAGCAAUCUAUCAAGCCAAUUCAAAAAUAAACGCGCCUGGCGCCUUCCCGUGUUCCACAACAGAUGGAAGAGGGCCAACUUCAUCUGAAGUGAUGCUUAAUGCCAUGGAGAUCCGACUUUGUUCUUUACCUGCUCCUAUUUCAUCCGGUCUUCAUCGAUGGAUAAUGGUGCUCAAUCUUACGAGGCUCCCGUACUUGUAUCUUCCUCUUCCCCCUCCCUCUCCUCCGAUUGGUCAGGCCCUUACAGACGAGACUCAGAGGCGAGUGCACAGCCCACCGGCAGCAGUGCCAGUGCUUUGA